GUGCUGUCUCCUGAUCAAUAUACUCACUGGCGUGACGCCGUGUUCUUGGGUUGACUAUCUUGUUUUUACCUGGCAUUUGUGUCUGAGCGAAAAACGAUCCCAGUUCACGAUUUACCUCGGCAUGGGCCUGUCGCUGGCUUGAAGAGCGGAACGAACCUCGUGGCCCCGUGAAACGGGCCCAAGGCAAGCCAUAAAUUGACUGCCCUUGUCUCUAUCCAGCCUGCAGAAUGGCAGAGUCCAGCGGAGCCCAAAAUAAUUCUUCAGCCAACGAGCUCGGAAAUGGCUCCAAGAAACUACACCACCGCAUUCCCUCCCUGAAAGGCUCGCCGGUCAAGAUUACUACAUCUACUGAGCUGGAGGAAGGAGCGGCAUCUUCACCCCUUUAUGCAAGCAACGUGGUCGAUCAACCAAUUCGAGAGGACUCACCGCUCGACGAUGACGAGAUUUCUCGACCACCCUUUCCCGGGCCCUCAACACCCUCUGCCACUCGAAACGUGCAGUUCUCCCGAAAUGCGUCCGACAAUGAGCUACAAGAACAAGGGCGAUCACGGGCAUCUUCAAUUGCGCCAGAUGAGAUUGAUGUACUAUCGAAAGAUAGAAAGCAGUCUAUAUUUAACAAACUGAAGGCAUUCGCCGCCACCCCGUCUUUCCCUUCCUCGCACUCCCGUUCUGCAAGCGUUGCCACUGCUUCUGGUGUAAACGACCUUCGUCCUGCGAAUGACCCACAAACCCCGACAUCUGAACGUGAGGAAUUCCGAUUCCCGGCAGCCCUCGAUGAAGAGAGCGAAGGAGACGCGGAUGGCGAGGAAAGUGGAGGGGAACAGCGGCUGAAUCGGUUGCGGAGAAAGAAGAAAAAGCAGCAGCGUCCACCACGCAGGGUGGACACCGAUUCUCCCGGCCCGCAGACUUCCCCAACAACCCCGAAAGUGACCAAUGCGCAUCCGGGGCUUUUUUCGUUUAAUUCUUUCCACCCGUCUGAUAUACAACGGCCUAGCAUGUUCCGCAGAGCUACUGCCGACUUCUCUCCUCAAAUGCGUGAACUUCGUGAUGGUGUCUCUGAGGAUGAAGGUAGGGAUAGGUUGAAUAUGGAUUCGCACUGGAGGAAACGAAGUACUGCAUGGCUGUCCACUGCCCGUGGCUUGACGAAUGGCGGACGUCAAGAUACCCAGAAUAGCAACAACGACGAGAGGAGACCUAGUAAUUUCCGACGCUUAGCUACCCUUGGUGGGCCAUCUGGGGAGCAGGAAGGCUUUAGAGAAGCUUGGAGAAGACACAAAGCCGAAAGGGGCUCGAGCUUGAGCGCACAGAAGUGGCGCCAAAUCAAGGCAGGACUGAAACUGAUCGGACAGAGACGCAAGGCAGAGAAUACCGUCGAUCAUGUCAAAUCCGCCGAACUUCUUGCGGAACUCACGUCCGGAAUUCCUGCUGCUCUAAUCCUCGCCAGUAUGUUUCAGCGUGAUGAGCAUGGGAGCAGGCGUAUCCCUAUCCUACUUGAACAGCUCAAAGUUCAGAUCACAGACAGCCGUAUCGACUCGAACCAUGGCGAUAGACAUUUGGUUUUCAGAAUCGAAUUGGAAUACGGAAGCGGGAUGACUCGCAUGAAGUGGAUAGUGCAUCGCACUUUGAGAGACUUUGCCAAUUUACAUUUGAAAUACAAGCUCCAGAUCGGUACACAAAAGUACAUCCAACUCAAGAAUCCAGACGCUGGAAACGGUCUUCCUCGAUUUCCGAGAAGUGCAUUCCCGUACCUGCGAGGAGUUCGAGGUCUUGAUAGCGAACGCGAAGAGGAAGAGGAAGACGGCGGCGGCUAUGAGACCGGUGCUGAAGCAAGCGGGAAUGAAGCUCGCCGUAAGAUGAAGAAGCGGCGCUCUUCUUUUGCAAUUGCACGUCGUCGGUCCAGUAUUGGACCUGCUCAGGAGGGCUAUACUACAGCGGGAGAAGGCGCCGGCGCCGGCACGGGUGAGAGAAGGUCUUAUUCUGAACGACAACGAAAGAAACUAGAAAGUUACUUGCAAAAGAUGAUACGGUUCUUGAUUUUCCGUCCCAACAGCAACCGUUUGUGCAAGUUCCUCGAAUUGUCUGCCCUCGGUGUCCGGCUUGCCGCCGAAGGAAGUUAUCAUGGAAAGGAAGGCUUCUUGGUGAUACAGUCAGCGAAGGGUCUUGAUUUCCGUAAAGCCCUUACGCCGUCCCUGAUCAAGAAGAGGCAUUCGCCUAAAUGGUUCCUUGUGCGCCACAGCUAUGUUGUUUGUGUCGAUUCUCCCGAGGAGAUGAAUAUAUACGACGUUUUCCUCAUCGACCCUUUUUUCAAGAUUCAAGCACAAAAGGUACGGCUGAGAGACCAGAAUGCAAUGGACAUUGCUCGAUCUGCCAAGCAGUCGGCAGCCCAUCCUCAGCACCACACACUUAGACUUGAGAACUCGGAGCGGAAACUCCGACUUCUCGCGCGCAAUGAAAGACAAUUGCAUCAAUUCGAAGAUUCUAUUCGGUUCAUGGUUGAUAAUACACCAUGGUCGAGACCAAAUCGUUUUGAUAGCUUUGCACCAGUACGGAAAAACUGCUUUGCUCAAUGGCUUGUGGACGGACGUGAUCACAUGUGGCUGGUAUCGCGGGCUAUCAAUCAAGCAAAGGAUGUGAUCUAUAUCCACGACUGGUGGUUGAGCCCGGAGCUUUAUAUGCGACGGCCAGCUGCAAUCAGUCAGAAGUGGAGACUGGACAGACUCCUUCAGAGAAAAGCCCAAGAAGGCGUCAAAGUCUUUGUGAUUAUGUACCGCAACAUCAAUUCGGCUAUUCCUAUUGACUCGGAGUAUUCAAAGUUCUCUCUACUGGACCUUCAUCCUAAUGUCUUUGUGCAACGAUCGCCCAACCAAUUCCGACAGAAUACUUUCUUCUGGGCUCAUCACGAGAAAUUGUGCAUUAUCGAUCAUACGCUUGCGUUUGUUGGAGGAAUUGAUUUGUGUUUUGGUAGAUGGGAUACACCCCAGCAUCUACUUACUGACGACAAACCUACUGGCUUCGAAACGAGCGAGGUGCCGAGAGACUCCGACAACUGCCAGCUCUGGCCAGGCAAAGACUACUCCAACCCGCGUGUCCAAGACUUUUACGAUUUGGACAAGCCUUAUGAGGAAAUGUAUGACCGCAAUGUUAUUCCCAGAAUGCCAUGGCAUGAUAUUUCCAUGCAUGUUGUAGGCCAGCCGGCCCGUGACCUGACAAGGCACUUUGUACAGCGGUGGAACUACAUCCUACGUCAACGAAAGCCAACCCGACCAACUCCAUUUUUGCUUCCACCGCCGGAUUUCAAUCCUGCCGACUUGGAAGCCCUCGGCCUCGAUGGAACUUGUGAAGUCCAAAUAUUGCGUUCCAGCAGUAUGUGGUCGACGGGUACGCCAGAUGUGACAGAACACAGCAUCAUGAAUGCCUAUGUCAAGCUGAUUGAGCAGUCUGAGCAUUUUGUGUAUAUUGAAAACCAAUUUUUCAUCAGCACCUGUGAUAUUGACGGCAGGAAGAUCGAGAACCUGAUUGGAGAAGCUUUGGUAGAGCGAGUUAUCCGAGCCGCGCGGAAUGGCGAGACCUGGCGUGCUGUCAUCGUCAUCCCCCUUAUGCCUGGCUUCCAAAACACGGUUGAUUCUGAAGGAGGUACUAGUGUGCGUCUGAUUAUGCAAUGCCAGUACCGCAGUAUCUGUCGCGGCGAGACAUCUAUAUUCGGGCGUCUCCGAGCUGAAGGCAUUGAGCCGGAGGAUUAUAUCCAAUUCUUCAGCCUGCGAACCUGGGGCAAGAUCGGACCGAAGAAGCAGAUAGUAACUGAGCAGUUAUAUAUCCAUGCAAAAUGCAUGGUGGUCGAUGACCGAGCAGCAAUCAUUGGAUCUGCGAAUAUCAAUGAACGGUCUAUGCUAGGCUCACGCGAUUCGGAAUGCGCCGCUGUAGUUAGGGAUACCGACAUGAUUUGGUCCACGAUGAACCAAAAACCGUAUCUUGUCGGCCGGUUCCCGCACACGCUGCGAAUGCGGCUAAUGAGAGAGCAUCUCGGCAUCGAUGUCGACGAGAUACUGGAACGCGACAUUGCGACUGAAGCUGCAUCACGCAGUCGACGGAACAGCAAAGACAAUGACUCCACGGGCAAUCAAAGCGACCACCACACCGAGACAGAAUCCCUGGAGCGCGAGAAGCAAAACGAGAGGGAGAUGAUUGAACGCCGCCAUCGGAUUCAAGACGAAUUUCUUACCCGCUCGGAAGAUAUGCACAGUUUCAACCACGACGUCGACUGGGAGCAAGGCAAUAACCCGAAUUUGAAGUCGAACCGGAAACUCACUGCAGACCCUAGAGUUACGGAGAACGCGGAACAUCGAAAGGAUGUUGACGGUAAUGGCGCUGAUCGGAUGAAAACUAGCAUCGAGACUGGCGUUGGUUUUGGCAGAGAUUCUGCCUUACUAGGCAAUGACACUGAAGUGCUCGUCAAAGACAUGGCUUCCGAGGGUAAAGGGACAUUGGCCAAACCGAAGAAAACCUCGAAAAGCGCUGGGAACGGUCAAGUCGGCAACGGAGAUAUCAAAGAGCAUGUCCUACCGCCUACCCCCGGCCAGAUUCAUGAUGACGGAUCGCUGGAAACCACUGCCCCGACGCAUCUGCCACCAUUGCCGCAAACCAACGACGUUGAUAUCGGCGGCCCACGAGACCAGGUAGGUUCAUCCGAAUACUCACACCCUCUCGCAGCGGCCCUCAGACAACCAUUCGUCGACGAACACUGCAUGAAAGAUCCCGUCAACGACGUGUUUUACUACGACACAUGGCAGACGAUUGCCGAAAACAACACCAAGAUAUACAGAACGGUGUUCCGCUGCAUGCCCGACAGCGAGGUCACAUCCUGGAAGGAAUAUAAGGAGUACACUGCCUAUGGCGAAAAAUUCGCCGAGGCACAAAACAACCGGCCCCACGCCGCACAAGCGAUGAAGUCGCACCAAUCCAGUAGCCAGGAUGAGAAAUCGACUGCUAUCGAUGCUGAUUUGGUUAAUUCCAACUCUCACUUUUCCAAAUUCGAGGCUAUUGACGGGUCUUCUGAGCUUGGCUCCGAUAUACCGCCUGUCCCAAGCCAGAAACCAAAUACCACACUAUCCGAAACACUCUCGCCAGAUGACGAGAAAACAGCCCUAAAGGACUCUGACGAAAAAGGUAGCCACGCCGCAACAGACAUCGAAUCCGAAGCUGCUCCUCUUCCUCCUACUGGGCACGAAAACAAAGACCGGUCUGGCUCUGGCACGCAAACCGUCGGCUACUCAGCUGCUCUCAACAUGAACAUGAACGCGUCUCAAUCCUCGCAACAACGGCGACGACGACGCACAAUGACACGGGGGUCGAAGGGAGGGUUUCAUACCUCUGACGGCGUGAUUGAUACGCGACACGCGGAGGAGCUUCUUGAUAUGGUGCAGGGUCAUUUGAUUAGUUGGCCGUAUAAUUGGCUCGAAAAGGAGGAACAGGGAGGCAAUUGGCUCUACACGCUAGACCAGAUUUCGCCGAUUGAAAUCUAUAAUUAAUCACGACCUUUCUUCUGUCUACAUCAUCGGGGCAUAUUCAAUUAGAACGCGUUGAGCGCGUAUCCAUAUCAUAUCAUAUUAGCGUUAUUCAUAAGAGUAUCAUGCUAUACCAAUAAAAUACAAUUUCUUUUAAUAUAC